GCUAAGUGGCCAACAGCUAUGUAAUUAUGAAAUCAUGAAAUUUAACUCUAAGUAUGUCUACAAUAGCAAAGUUCUUUACGUAAAACUGAAAUAAACUUUCAGAGUCCAGGUCAUUGUAUCUGAAAAGUUGCAGUUAGGGAUGCGAUCAGAGGAGAAAACAUUAGGGACACGAUGGAAAAGAUGAAGAACCGCAUGGAGGACCAUGAUGAAGACUCAAGAACUUGUUGUGAAGGACUACGAAGAGCCCGGAAGAAGUGUGACGAGCCCUGGAAAUGAACGGCCACGAAGAAGCGACAGGAUAGAAAGAACAAUAAGGACCAUGAUCAGAGCAAUGAAGGACCAUGAUGAGGAACCAAGCAUGAAUGGUUGUGAGGAAUCAUGAAGAACCGCUCAGAACCGUGCAGAGACACAGUACGUUAGCGAGCCCAGAGCAGGCGGGGAGCACUUCCUCAAGGCGUCCCCCGGGGGCGCUGCGGAGCACGGCAGCCCUCGCCUCCUGACUCCAUCACCGCGGAGGUAGCGGCAGCGGCAGCGGCAGCGGCCCGGGGGGAAAGGAGGGCUGGAGCGGCGGCGGCGAGGAAGAGCUCGUCACUCGGCUGCCAGUGGCCGUGAACGGGACCCGGUGCUGAAGGGGAGGCUUUGAGCGGCGUUCGAGGAAGAGGAGCUCCGGGGCAGCGGCGCGCAGCGGAGGAAGGGACUCGGCUCCUUCAGUCCGGGCGGCAGGACGCGACCGACCGGCCGGCAGCAGCGGGAAGCAAUUCAGAGACUGUACCACAGGACAGUUGAGAUGGCAGACAGAUCAACGACUCUGCUCUUAAAGGAUUGCUUGGCAAAUCGGGAAGCUGAGCUCGGAAGGGAUUUGAGGUUCUGAAAGAGUCGACGAAGGAGUGACACGCAGCUGAGCCGUCAGUUUGGAGAGCAGCGAGAGGCCGGCGUGGGUCUGUGCAGUGCGGCAGUUCUCACACUGCGCAGAGUCGACUCGCGCGCUUUCUCUCCGUCGGAGGCGUGCGCGGUCUCUCGGACGGACCGGAGGGAGGUGCCAUCUAGCGCGGUGGCACCGGGGUGGCCCUCGAAGCCUCGCAGACCUGCCUCGUGAAGGAUGACGCCGACACCGGGACUUGGUGCGAGGGCUCUUCUGCUGCUGGGGCUGCUGUGUGUCCUGCCGGAGACUCGCGCCAAAGCUCUGGACACCAUGCUGCACAGGAGCCCAGGGAAGACGGCGGUGGCAGGCGGGGGGCCGGACGACAGCGGAAGCACAGCACCUGCUCCACCCCAGCGCCUGCUCUGGUGCUACUGCUUCCACCACUGCCCAGAGGACUCCACCAAUCACACCUGCAGGACGGAUGGGUACUGCUUCACCAUGGUGGAGGAAGAGGAAGGUGGCACCACCCUCAGGACGGCGGGGUGCCUGGGGCUCAUGGGCUCGGAGUUCCAGUGCAGGGACACGGGAAACGCCCGCCAGAGGAGGAGCCUCGAAUGCUGCACAGACCAGGACUACUGCAACCACGACCUCCACCCCACCCUGCCCCCACAGAAGCCCCCCAACUACGUGGAUGGGAACAUCCACAGCAAGGCUCUGCUCAUAUCCGUCACCGUCUGCAGUAUCAUCCUCGCCAUCAUCAUAGUUAUCUGCUACCGAAAGUACAAGCGACAGGAGCCGCGGCCUCUGUACAGCAUGGGCCUGGAGCAGGACGAGACCUUCAUUCCCCCUGGCGAGUCUCUGAAGGACCUCAUUGAGCAGUCCCAGAGCUCCGGCAGUGGCUCAGGGCUCCCCCUGCUGGUGCAGAGGACCAUUGCCAAGCAGAUCCAGAUGGUGAAGCAGAUCGGCAAAGGCCGCUACGGUGAGGUGUGGAUGGGCCGCUGGCGUGGGGAGAGGGUGGCCGUAAAGGUGUUCUUCACCACGGAGGAAGCCAGCUGGUUCCGCGAGACGGAGAUCUAUCAAACCGUGCUGAUGAGGCACGAGAACAUCCUGGGCUUCAUCGCGGCAGAUAUCAAGGGCACGGGUUCGUGGACUCAGCUUUACCUGAUCACGGACUACCACGAGAACGGCUCUCUCUACGACUACCUCAAAUCCACCACCCUGGACAGCCGGGCCAUGCUGCGGCUCGCCUACUCCUCCGUCUCCGGCCUCUGCCACCUGCACACAGAGAUCUUCGGCACGCAAGGCAAGCCCGCUAUCGCCCACCGCGACCUCAAGAGCAAGAACAUCUUGGUGAAGAGGAACGGGACGUGCUGCAUUGCUGACCUGGGGCUGGCCGUCAAGUUCAUCAGUGACACCAACGAGGUGGACAUCUCGCCCAACACGCGGGUUGGCACCAAGCGCUACAUGCCUCCUGAGGUUCUGGACGAGAGCCUGACCCGGACCCACUUCCAGUCCUACAUAAUGGCUGACAUGUACAGCUUCGGCCUGAUCCUGUGGGAAAUCGCGCGGAGAUGCGUGUCUGGAGGCAUCGUGGAGGAGUACCAGCUGCCCUACCACGACCUGGUGCCCACGGACCCCUCCUACGAGGACAUGCGCGAGGUGGUCUGCAUCAAGAGGCUGCGGCCCUCCUUCCCCAACCGAUGGAGCAGCGACGAAUGCCUGAGGCAGAUGGGAAAGCUGAUGACCGAGUGCUGGGCCCACAGCCCUGCCUCCCGCCUCACGGCGCUGCGUGUGAAGAAGACCCUCGCCAGGAUGUCCGAAUCGCAGGACAUCAAGUUGUGAGGAGCUGGAGCGGCGAGCGGACACGUUCCUGCCCGCCGUCCACCGUCCACCGUCCGCCCCUCGUGUGUGCGAACCCCGCUGUCUCACAGAGGAAGGAAACGCACUUUGCUGGGAUUAAACGAAUCGGUCAUUUCAACGGAAGAACUUGAGUAGGCGGCGCCUCGGCGACGCCGCCCACCCGCCGUGUCCGUUUGCUUGCGCGUCGCGAGGACGAGACGAGCCGCGGGCAAACCCCUUCCGGUUUCGCUUUCUGUGAAAGCUUCGCUCUCAGAGGUCAAGGGUCGCAGGGUAGGGUCGAGAGGGCGGAGUCGACGCCCCGCCGCCGCGGCAGCCGAGUCCCUUCCCCUCCGCAGCUCUGACAAUCAGGAGACGGGCGCUCUUUCCGUACCGUUCGCUUCGCCAAGCGAAAAGGACGGUUACGUCUCGGUACGACUCAGCUGGGUGUGGAAAAGGCAGCUGGCGGAAGAUGGAUUGAUGUCUAAUCCUUGCUGGAUCAAAGGGAAGAGACGCCGUUUGUUCCGUUUCACAUCAACUCGCCCAGUUUCCCGCCUUCGGCCACUAGAGGGAGACAUGGAGACUGCAGGCGCCUCGCUUUAUUUUCACACGUUGACACUAAUGCUUCCUUACCAGUCAAAUAAUAUAAGUUAAAGAGGAUAAAUUGUAUUGCUAAAUAAGGACUUGAUUAAAUAUAAACUAUGUUAUUGUUAAUUAAGGACUUGAAGAUAUAAACUAUGCUCUUUUUCUAUCGUGUACAGAAUGAGAUUCCCCCGUGCCUUAUUUAACAUGUACAUAGUUGUAAACUAAGGAGAGUAAAUGCAUACAGUAAAUCCUAAGGCCUAACAUUCCCCUAAUAAAGUGUUUUCAGCCUCCGGGAGUCCGCGCCUUUUUACGUCUUUCUCAGGGGAAUAAGGCGACGAGGGAACAGCGCAAAACGUGGUUGAGUUACAACAAGGAGCUGGAAUUUCAGGGGGAAACGCAGCUCUUAAGUUUGUCUCCUCUGCUUCUCUGUGAGUUGAAGUAAUUUAUAUUUAUCUUUAAUUUAUUCUCUGCUGCUGGCUGGUUUUAGUGGGACCCUCCUCAUCUUUUGUUUUGCAUUUGAACAUGAUUCUGAGGUGCCAUGAUGAUUUAGCGGAAAUGCCGGUCGCGUUGCCACUUGUUGUCUUGUAACUUCGUGGAACGCAUAGACUAUGCAAACAGCACCGAAUAAAUCACACCCAGAAGUGGCACGGAGGACAUUUGCAAGAAAACUAAAAACCGGGUUAUGUGAUUCUCCCUCCUGUGUGUUUAACAGCGAUGUGCCGUGUGGUGGUUAUUGCAUGAUUUCUUUCCCCCGCCCGCGUCACCGAGGUGCCGCCACAAAAUGAAAUAAAACGAGUGAGCGCCAUAUUCAGAGUUGCUUAUAAAUAUAAUUUAUUACUUGUUUAAAAAUUCUUUCUUACACUUUGUACAGAAACUGGACAGACGAGCUGCAAGCAUUCUGCAAUUCAGUACCAGAGUUAUGAAGCGUGCGAGAAACGUGAAUAUGGACCACAGCCUCACAAUACAAAUAACGUCCGUCGUCGUCGUCGUAACAAAAGGGUUCGAACGCAACCGCCAGAGUGUUUCCGUUAGUACACGUUAUAAAGGACGCCGAGUUUGCAUAGUAGACACAGCUUUAGAAAACUGGAUAGCGUUCAAUACAAAUGAAAAUAACAAAGAAAAGCCCAGAGUUACGAACUAGUAGUAUCUAAGUGUACUGCGCGGUUAAAGUUCACUGCAACGAAAACGUCCCAAGUCGGUCUGACUAGACUUCUGUACAUCGCAACGCAUUUACAUACAUUUCAUUAUCUAAACAACACAGUAUUUUCCCUUUUCUCUUUGCUGCAUUUCAUUCCAUCGCUCUGACGUUCAACAUGCACUCUUUCCCAUGGAGAAGAAGGAAAAAAAAAAAAAGAGAAGGAAAUAAAAUAUGCACCUAGGCCGAACCAUGGCCA